GCGUCGCUCACAAACGCGCGGGGCAUUAUUAAGCCUCGCGAGAGGUGGGGCGUGUUCCUCAGGCGUCGUCCGUUGACAAGGAUCCAUGUUGUAGGCCGGACGUGGGCGGGCAAAUUACAACACCCGGCCCAAUGGAAAAGAAGACCACAGGUCCUCGCGGCCAUACAGGUCGCCGGAAACUUGGCGGCUCGGGUAUUAAGCGGAGCUCAAGGAAGGGAGUGCGCUCAAGCUGCGCCAGGGGUGAAGGCUCCUCAGCCAUGACCUCCACAGGCCAGGAUUCCUCUACUAGGCAACGAAGGAGUAGGCACAAUCCCCAAUCGCCCCCUCAUGACUCCGGCGUUACCUCGAAGCGAAGUGUUAAGAAGGGUGCUGUACCUCGACCCAGUCCCAAUCUAGUGGAGCUAAAGAGGAAAGGCAGAAUGAAGAAGCUCAGCCAAGCCGUCGAAGAAGACCUAAUCCUGGGACUGCAAAGGCUGGACUUGGACACUGAAGCAAAGCUAUCGGUUGGCACUGGUUUGGUGUUUGAUGAACAGCUUAAUGAUUUCCACUGCUUCUGGAACGACAGCUUCCCUGAAUGCCCAGAACGGCUCCAUGCUAUCAAGGAGCAGCUGGUCCUGGAGGGCCUCCUGGAUCGCUGUGUGUCCUUUCAGGCCCGGUUUGCUGAGAAGGGGGAGCUGAUGUUGAUUCAUAGCUUGGAAUACAUUGAUCUGAUGGAGACAACUCAGUACAUGAAUGAGGGAGAACUCCGCCUACUAGCAAACACCUAUGAUUCAGUUUAUCUGCAUCCAAAUUCAUACUCCUGUGCUUGCCUGGCCACAGGCUCUGUCCUCAGGCUGGUAGAUGCAGUCCUUAGAUCUGAAAUCCGGAAUGGAAUGGCUGUCAUCAGGCCUCCUGGACACCAUGCCCAGCGCGGUCUUAUGGAUGGGUAUUGCAUGUUCAAUCAUGUGGCUGUGGCUGCCCGCUAUGCUCAAAAGAAGCACCGCAUUCAGAGGGUCCUUAUCGUGGAUUGGGAUGUACAUCCUGGUCAUGGAAUACAGUUUGCCUUUGAUCAGGACCCCAGUGUCCUCUAUUUCUCCAUUCACCGCUAUGAACAGGGCCGAUUCUGGCCCCACCUUAAGGCCUCUGACUGGUCCACCAUAGGUUUUGGCCAAGGCCAGGGAUAUACCAUCAAUGUGCCUUGGAACCAGGUGGGGAUGCGGGAUGCUGACUACAUCGCUGCUUUCCUGCACGUCCUGCUGCCAGUUGCCUUUGAGUUCCAGCCUCAACUCGUCCUCGUUGCUGCUGGAUUUAAUGCUCUCCGAGGGGACCCCAAGGGAGAUAUGGCUGCCACUCCAGCAGGAUUCGCACAACUAACCCACCUUCUCAUGGGUCUGGCAGGAGGCAAGUUGAUUCUGUCUCUAGAGGGUGGCUAUAACCUCCAUGCCCUGGCUAAGGGUGUCAGCGCAUCACUCCACACCCUUCUUGGAGACCCUUGCCCCAUGCUAGAGUCUACUGGUGCACCCUGUCUCAGUGCUCAGAAUUCGCUGUCCUGCAUUCUGGAAGCCCUUGAGCCCUUCUGGAAGAUCCUUGUGAAAUCAGUUGAAACUCUGGAGAAAGAUGAUCUGGAGGAAGAGAAGGCAGAAGAGGAUGAAGAGGAGGGAACCUGGGAAGCUGCUGCACUACAAAUGGAGACAUGGCCAGUGCUGCAUGGUCGCACUGGCCUGGUCUAUGAUGAAAAAAUGAUGAGUCAUUGCAACCUGUGGGACAACCACCAUCCUGAGACACCCCAGCGCAUCCUGCGGAUCAUGUGUCACCUGGAGGAGCUGGGCCUUGCCUCACGUUGCCUCAUCCUUCCAGCGCGACCAGCCAUGGAUGCUGAACUGCUCUCCUGCCACAGAACUGAGUAUGUGGAGCGUCUCCGGGCAACAGAAAAGAUGAAAACCCGGGAGCUGCACCGUGAAGGUGCCAACUUUGACUCCAUCUACAUUUGCCCCAGCACAUUUGCCUGUGCUAAGCUCGCCACUGGUGCUGCCUGCCGCCUGGUAGAGGCUGUGCUCUCAGGAGAGGUUUUGAAUGGUAUUGCAGUGGUACGCCCUCCAGGACAUCAUGCAGAGCAGGAUGCUGCAUGUGGAUUUUGCUUUUUCAACUCUGUGGCUGUGGCUGCUCGCCAUGCCCAAGCCAUUACUGGACGUGCCCUGCGGAUCCUGAUUGUAGAUUGGGAUGUUCAUCAUGGUAAUGGAACCCAGCACAUGUUUGAAGAUGACCCCAGCGUGCUAUAUGUGUCCCUUCAUCGCUAUGACCGUGGCACCUUCUUCCCCAUGGGGGAUGAGGGUGCCAGCAGUCAGGUAGGCAAGGCCGCAGGCACAGGCUUCACUGUCAAUGUGCCCUGGAAUGGGCCCCGCAUAGGUGAUGCUGACUACUUGACUGCCUGGCAUCGUCUGGUGCUUCCCAUUGCCUAUGAGUUUAACCCAGAACUGGUGCUGGUCUCAGCUGGCUUUGAUGCUGCACAAGGUGACCCACUAGGGGGAUGUCAAGUGACACCUGAAGGUUAUGCCCACCUCACCCACCUGCUAAUGGGCCUUGCCAAUGGACGCAUUAUCCUUAUUUUAGAGGGUGGAUACAACCUAGCUUCUAUCUCUGAGUCCAUGGCUGCCUGCACCCACUCACUCCUUGGAGACCCACCACCCCUGCUGCCUUCACUGCGGCUCCCACAACCAGGUGCCCUGGCCUCAAUCACUGAGACCAUACAAGUCCAUCGCAGAUACUGGCGCAGUUUGCGGGUCGUGAAGGUAGAAGACAAGGAGGAGGUCUCUAGUUCUACGAUUGUCACCAAGAAGUUACACAAAACAGCCAAUCCUGCUUUGGCUAAGGGAAUGACCAUGCCAAAAAGAAAGGUUCUGGAAGCAGGGACUAAAAAGGAUACCUCAGCAUUAUCUUCAAAUGAAUCCUCUCCAAACAAAUCUAAAUCAAGGACAGCUAAGGUGGUGCUCACUCAGAGCCAGUCAUCAGAGAGAGCCACCAAGAAAGAUACAUUGGACCAGCCCACCUCUGAGGAAACUGUAGGAGGAGUCACAGUGGACCAACCUUCCUUAGAAGUAUCCACAGGAGAAGGCAUGUCUGACCAGACCACCUCAGAGGAGGCUAAGGGAGGAGAUAAGCUGAUCCAAACUCCUCCAGCUUCAUUAACAGACAAGCAGACCCUAACAGUUUCACCUGUGCAGGGAACUGCAGCCCAGCUAUCUCCUGCUCUUGGUCAGUUGACUGGAAAUCUCAGCACUUUGGAACUAAACAGUGAAGCUCAGGAGACCCCAGAAUCUGAGGAGGGCCUACUAGGAGAGGCAUCUGGAGGUCAGAAUAUAGACAGCUUGAUGCUAACACAAGGAUUUGGGAACCUUGCUGACCAGGAAAUAUUUUAUGCAGUGACUCCACUAUCCUGGUGUCCCCACUUGGUGGCAGUAUGCCCCAUACCUGCAGAAGGCUUGGACAUAACCCAACCUUGUAAGGCCUGUGGAACACUCCAGGAGAAUUGGGUGUGUCUGACUUGCUAUCAGGUCUACUGCAGUCGUUACAUCAAUGCCGAUAUGGUCCAACACCACAAAACAUCUGGACACCCACUAGUCCUCAGCUUUGUUGACCUGUCUACCUGGUGUUACCUCUGUCAGGCCUAUGUUCACCACCAGGAUCUUGAAGAUGUGAAAAGAGUCGCCCACCAGAGCAAGUUUGGGGAGGACAUGCCCCUCACACACUAAGUUCCGGAACAUGUUCUUUCUUUACCUUCUGGGGCCUCAGAAAAAAUAAACUUAGUUUGUUACAACAUG